AUGGAAGGGUCAAGAGACAGUUUUCUUACGUCAGACGAAGCAAAACAAAAGCGUGAAAAGAUGAAGGCUUCGACAGUUAAUGCAGUCUCGCUAUUUUUGGGAAUGAUCGAAAUGCUGCUUUUCGCAAAUAUUUUCUACGGCUUUCCCUUUAUUCAAAAGAUUUUUGAAGAAGAAAAGGUUUACAUGAACGAAGUUUGCUCGCCAGAUGAUAUUGUCAAUGGCACGUAUUGCAAAGAAGCAAAGCUAGAAAUCGGCAAAAUUUGGACGUACGGCGUCGUUUUCUCCUGCACCGGUCCGCUCGUUUUUGGAACGCUUGUGAACGCCAUUGGUACUUCUUGGACUAGACUUAUCGCUGGAGGUUCUGCUACCGUGGGUCUCUUACUGAUGAGCUUCUACAAAACUUAUUCUGCCCUCCUCCUUCCCGGAGUUAUCUUAGUUGCUUUCCCAUCAAUUGCCUGGAUCAUGCUCAACACUUUCAUUUCGCCAGUUUACAAGAAAAUCACUGUCAUUCUCAUCGUCAUCAUUCCUGGUUUGAUCAAUUCUUCCGCUACAUCAAUGCUCAUCGCUAAGAAAUUAUAUGAGUCCUCAAAUGGAGAAAUUGGUUUGGAAACUGUUUUCUCCCUCCUCUGUAUCCUAUCAAUCCUGAUCCACAUCCGAACUCUCUUCUUGAUGCCAUCCCGCCCAAUUCCGAAAAACAUUCAUGACAACUACAACUUGUUCAAAGAAUCCCUCGUCAUGAGUUUCUGCAAAAGCACGGUGAAGACAGAAAAGAUGGAAAAGCCAAAACGACCUUCUGCCAGCUCACAUUUGAAAUUUUGCAAAACUGGGGCAUUCCUGGUUUACUUGGUUUACUACACCAUCGUCACUUUCAGAAUCAACACCAUUCGUGGCUGGAUGACAACCUGGAUUAAACAUGCAUACGAAGGAGUUAAGACCAAUUGUUCGACAGAAGAAUGCGUUGCCGAAGUCGAUGGGACAAUUUCUUUCCUGAUCGAUAUUAAUGGGUACGCUUACUUCUCUCUUGCCCUGAUUCCGCUUAUCCCUGCUUUUAUCAUCAAAGCUAUUGGCAACUCAUACCCCGAGGGAUACAAAUUUGGAGAACUCAGAGCCAAGCUCGGAGGCAUGAUUUUUAUGAUGACAUUUUGCGCUGGCGUCUCUUUGUUGUGCUCGUUUUUGAUGACCCUGACCGUCUCUUCCGCAGAUUCAUACAUCCUCGCCAUUUCGAACAUUGCUCUGUCCGUUUUUAUCGUCCCGCUUCAUUAUUCAACACCUUGGCUGCUUCUUUUCUCCUACUUCCCGCCGCAGUUCGUUCAAUUCCUCUACGCUCUCAUGACGAUUCCCUCCAUCCUCGUCUCCUUCCUCAACACUCCUCUGUACAACAUGAUCCUCGGGGAAGAGGACUCCAUCAACUUUGGCCCAGUUUCUCUCUACCUCGGUCUUUGCUCAGCGCUUACGUGGAUUUGCUCCGUCUACCUUUGGUUCGACUCUCGAAAACUGAUCAAAAAGAAAGAAGAAGAAGAGAAGAAUACUCUCUAUUCGCCCGAAAAGAAUCUAAUUGACAGUAAUCGUGAUGAUGAAGUCGUCAAAGCCUGA